CAUAUGAGAUUUCUUCUACCUUCCUAGAUUUUGAAUGCCCAGUGAAGUCCUUGGCUGAAGAAUGAUGUGGGAAAACUGGACAAUUGUCAGUGAAUUUGUUCUUGUGAGCUUCUCAUCCCUGUCCACUGAGCUUCAGGCUCUGCUGUUUCUUCUUUUCUUGACCAUUUACCUGGUUACUUUAAUGGGCAAUGUCCUCAUCAUCCUGGUCACUAUAGCUGACUCUGCACUACAAAGUCCUAUGUACUUCUUCCUCAGAAAUUUGUCCUUCCUGGAGAUAGGUUUCAACUUGGUUAUUGUGCCCAAGAUGCUGGGGACCCUGAUCAUUCAAGACACAACCAUCUCCUUCCUUGGAUGUGCCACUCAGAUGUAUUUCUUCUUCUUUUUUGGAGCUGCUGAGUGCUGCCUCCUGGCCACCAUGGCAUAUGACCGCUAUGUGGCCAUCUGUGACCCCUUGCACUACCCAGUCAUCAUAGGCCACAGAUCCUGUGGCCAGCUGGCAGCUGCCUCUUGGUUCUCAGGGUUUCCAGUGGCCACUGUGCAAACGACAUGGAUUUUCAGUUUCCCUUUUUGUGGCCCCAACAGGGUGAACCACUUCUUCUGUGACAGUCCUCCUGUUAUUGCACUGGUCUGUGCUGACACCUCUCUGUUUGAACUGGAGGCUCUGACAGCCACUGUUCUAUUCAUUCUCUUUCCUUUCUUGCUGAUCCUGGGAUCCUAUGUCCGCAUCCUCUCCACUAUCUUCAGGAUGCCGUCGGCUGAGGGCAAACACAAGGCCUUUUCCACCUGUUCCUCCCAUCUCCUAGUUGUCUCCCUCUUCUACAGCACUGCCAUCCUCAUGUAUUUCCGACCCCGAUCUAGUGCCUCUCCUGAGAGUAAGAAGCUGCUAUCACUCUCUUACACAGUGGUGACUCCCAUGUUGAACCCCAUCAUCUACAGCUUAAGGAAUAAUGAAGUGAAGGUUGCACUGAAGCGGGUUAUCCACAGGAUGCUGGGUUCUCAGAAACUAUGAUUGGCUUAGAUGUAAACUGAAGGGGUAAAAUGUAAGCACACACAAACAAACAGAAAAAUGAAUUCCUCAAGUGGGUUUUGUGUUUCUGCUCUUUCCAGGUGACACAGUAUGUCUACUGAAAUUUUAUACUUUCUACUAAGACCUAUUUCUGAAAGAAAGAACAUGAGUAAUGAAAUAAAGCAUUAUAGUAUUCCAUAGUAUCUAUGGGAUGGUGGUACCAGUGUCUCUGGAAAUGCUGCUAAUUUAUAUAAAUUAGGAUCCUCUGAAGAUCAAUAAUUACAAUCCACCAUUUUUUAAAAUUUGUUUUAACCUUUCUUGAACUCCCACAUCCAUUUCAUUUUAUAAUUUUCUGCUUUACUUUCUUCUAUUUGUCCAAAACCUACCUGCAUAUUUCUAGGCUGUCUUUGUUUACAAAGUAAUUAAAAUAACAAUAAUAAUGCUAAUAAAUAGUAGAGUUUUGUUUUAUCCUUUUACUCAUGUUUUUCAAUGAAUUUGAGUUUGAACACAAAAUUUUAACAAAUUUUUAUUCAGCACUCAGCAUAUGUCAGAUUCCGUUUAGGCCCUGAAGACACACUGGUGACUAAAACAGAUAAAUUUCUUACCCCAUAUAAUUUACAUCCUAGUGAUAAAGACAGAAAAUAAAAAGAUACUUCAGUCCUCUAGUGGUUUAUAAAGUAUACAUGUUUAGAGGACUAGCAAUUGAAGAGUUCUGUCUCUGCUACUAGUCAGUCUGUGCCUUAUCUGGAGAAAGGUUACUCCACAAUGACUACUGUCUAAAUCUCACAUUAUUCACCUGGUAUAUGAGAGCUGCUUGACAGAAAAGGUGUAAAGAACUCCCAGUCAAGUAUAGUGGAGAAAUUAUGGGGAACUGGUGUAAAGAACCCAAAGAUUUUUUGCUUAUGGGAUUUUUUUUCUGUAAUCUUAUUGUGAUUGGAUGGAAUCAAUUUUUUUUUUCAAGCUUGUGUAUCUUUCAGCCACAUAGUAGCCUCUGUUUAUGAUUUUACCUAGUGAACACAGUCCAACUCUGGACUCAACAAACAGCAGCCUUGGAUAUGGGCAAUAUAACUGUGUGUAAACAUACUCCUAGCAAUUCAUUGAUAAUUACAGGGUGAAAGUAUAUCUACUACACAGGCAUGUCUGCCUCACCAACUCUAUAAACAACCCUAUCUCUGUGUGCCAUAGAAGUACCAGGACCAGUUUCCUUUCCUGCACAAAGUGUCCUUCAGCUCUAGUGAUACAAGGGCUGAAAGACAGCUUAUUCUGUAAAAUGGCCAUAAGAAUUUUCAAAAGAAAAGGCAGAUCAUGGGGUUGUAUUUGCAUGAUGGCAAUCACACAAACAGAUUGACACCAUUAAAAAUUGAUAGUCUCCAAUUUCAGUGAAACUUUAAUCACUUCUUCACAUUCCUUUUUAUUGACCUUGGUGGGUAAGGUAAAUAGUGGCCCCCUCUAAUAUAUCUAUAUUCUAGUCCUUGGAACCUGUGAAGGUGGUACCUUCCAUGGUAAAAGGGCUGCAGAUGUGAUUGACUUAAGGAUUCUCAUAUAGGGAGAUUAUCCUGUGCUAUUUGGAUAGACCCAAUCUAAUCACAAGGAUCCUUCUAAGAGGGAGGCAAGAUGAUCAGAAGGAGGGACAGAAAAAUGUAAGCAUGGAAGCAGAGGUUAGAGAAGACAGAAGGUGAUACGCUACUGAUUUUGAAAUUAGAAGACAGGAGGCCGGGCGCGGUGGCUCAAGCCUGUAA